CUUAGCAAUAUAAGAAUGGGUCCUUUCUUAAGAAAAAAAUUUUUAGCAAUUAAAAAUGCAGAAGAUAAUGGUCCAACUCGAAGAGAUCCACAAAAUUCAGAGUUACUAAGUGAAGGGGAACAGAAUUCACAUCGUUUUAGGCCUACAUUAGAUGAAAUACGAGGUUGGGGUAGAAGUUUUGAUAGAUUAAUGAGAAGUCCAGGUGGUCGUAAAGUAUUUCGUGAUUUUCUACGUGGUGAAUAUAGUGAAGAAAAUAUAUUAUUUUGGUUAGCAUGCGAGGAAUUGAAAAAAGAAACAAAUCCAGAAGCUAUUGAAGAGAAAGCUAGAUUUAUAUAUGAAGAUUAUAUAUCGAUUUUAUCACCAAAAGAGGUUUCAUUGGAUUCACGUGUUAGAGAAAUCGUUAAUAGAAAUAUGGUUGAACCAACAACUCAUACAUUCGAUGAAGCUCAAUUACAAAUUUAUACAUUAAUGCAUCGUGAUUCGUAUCCAAGAUUUAUAAAUUCACCAUUAUUUAAAUCGCUUGCACAAUUACCCGAAGGUGUUUCAGCAUCAGGAUCUCAAAAUGAAAGUCCAACAUAAAUUAUAAAUUAUAUAUAAUAAUAAUAAAAUAUGUUAUUCAACAAAAAAAAAUCAUAAUAUAAACAAAAACGAUAUAAAAAUUAUAAAAAAAAAAAUAUUAAAUUAAAUUAACAUUAGAAAAAACAAAAAACACAAUGAACUCAUCAUUUAUAACAUAAAAGCAUUAAAAAAAUCGACUUAAAAAAAUUAAACAAGAAAAAAAAUCAUUUAUUAUUACAAAAUAUAAGAGAAGAAAAAACUAAAAAAAAAAAUUAUUUAAAAAAAAAAAUUAAUUUGAUCUCUCAGAAAAAAAAAGAAUUAUUUUAUUUUUGUUUUUUAAAAAAAUACUUUCCCAAAAAAAUUUCACAGUGAGAACAAUGAAUGAACUCGACACAACCAUACCCAAACCAACAAUGCUAAAAUAAAAACAAAGUAACGCUAUCAUUCUAUAAACUCGCAAAAUUCAUAUAUAAAACAAAAAAAACUAUUACAUACACAAGUACAUACAUAAAAAAAUUAAAUUUAAAUGAGAUCAACAUAAAUUUUUUUGGUACAGUAAAAUUAGUAAAA